AUGGAUACUGUUGAUGAAGCGACGGAGACGCCAGAAGUCAAGAAACUUGGCCGCCGUCUGGUGCUCUGCUUUGAUGGCACCGGUAAUCACUUCAAGGGCAAUGAAUCGGACUCCAAUGUUGUAAAGCUCUAUCAGAUGCUAGAUAGACACGACAAGCGGCAGUUCCACUACUAUCAACCCGGCAUUGGAACAUUCAAUGUGAACAUGUCCAGCAGCAUAACCAUAUUCGGACGCAUGCGCUCUAAGAUCAGUGAAAUCAUCGACAAAGCGAUAGGCACAUCUUUUGAAUACCAUGUUUCCAGCGGAUACCGGUUCUUGAUGCGUUACUACAAACCCGGAGAUGACAUAUAUAUCUUCGGCUUUUCGCGAGGUGCCUACACGGCCCGUUUCCUGGCCGAGAUGAUCGAACAUGUCGGCUUACUUUCCAUGGGUAACGAGGACAUGAUUCGAUUCGUGUACGGGGCGUUCAGCAAGUGGCAAACCAUUCGGGGAAAGGCGAAUAAAAAGCCCAAGGAUAUUGAGGUGGAGGAUUACCUGCAGAAGCUGAAGGUGACUUUCUGCCGUAAGGAGGUCUGCAUCUUCUUCUUGGGCCUGUUCGACUGCGUCAACAGCGUCUCAACUCUUGAAAUUCCGUUCUCCCGCAGGGAAUACAGAUACUGCGCUCCAUCACCGGCGAAACAUGUCCGCCAUGCUUUGUCAAUCCACGAGCGACGUCUCAAGUUCAAGCCAGCCCUUUUCACCUUUGAAUCAGAGGACAGAGAAGCUUCAGUCAAGGAGGUGUGGUUUGCGGGUAACCACUCUGAUGUCGGCGGUGGUUUUGCCUAUGAGAACAAUGCCCGCUUCCUUUUGUCUGAUAUUCCCCUGGCCUGGAUGCUGGAGGAAGCCCUGUCUGUCACAGAUGCUCCAGCCGGGCCCUUGACCUUUGACGAUCAGCACCCCGAAGCCUUGAACCGGCUCAAGACCAUCGAGGCUAUCCUCGACAGUGAGGGUGAACCCAGGGUUGCUGGUGCCUCAGGGGUUGUGCCUGAGGCUGAAGUGAGCCACUUCAGACACCAUGACUCUCUCAUCAUCGGUCGCGGCGCCGAGUGGCAUAUGACCAUCAUCUGGUGGUUCAUGGAACUGCUGCCAAUCUUCACUCGUCUCGAGCUGGAAAACCACGAGUGGAAGCCUCGGUACUGGCCUCCCAACUGCGGUGCUCACAGAGACAUCCCGACCGAAGCAACGCUGCAUCGCACCGUCGAGAAGAUGCACAAGGCAGGUAUACUAAAGAAGAUGCCAAAGCUGGGAGGCGACAAGGCGCCGCUACUGAACGACCCCUUGAUUGUGCCGCGGUAUAUCGGCAAGCUGCUGACAUUUUGGAGAUGA